AUGGCAGGAGCCCAUUACCGGGCUCCUGUCAUGGGUGAUUCUUCCCAAAACCAGGAGGAGAGGGAACUUUUUACAAGACAGGCAGCAAUGAAUUGGGAAACGUUCCUUCUGGCUAAAGCAAAUUACAUGAAAGCAACUACUUUUCUUCGGAUCUUUACAUCGUGUUCAGUGCACACAGCGAUUAAAUUUCUGUGGCAUCUUAACUAUGUGUUAGGGAGAGCCUUGGCAGUUUUAGCUGUGGAUGACGAUGGACACUUUACUGGAGACACAAAGAACACCAAAUUCUCCCUUUCCCAAAUACUGUACGAUGAGUGGAAGAGCUUGGCAGAGGAUUAUCUAAUCACUGUGGAUGAGGUUAAUAAGAUCACGCUUCUUAGUUACAUGCGGACACGACAAGAGCUGCAGUCGCCAUUUAUGUCAGCGGAGAGUCCUGUGAGGAGGGUCGGACUGUCACUUGUGUUACUAGAUAUCAAAACAUUUCCUUGUCCCUAUACAAAAAUGCGCCUAGAGAUUGGAGACACAGAGAAGGUUGCAAAAUCAUUAACGGAAGAAACGCGUGCUUGGGGCAACUUCACCUUCUUGUCAGUUUUGUAA